AUGGCUUUCAAACGAUCAAACGAUGACUGUGGGAGGGGUGUGGCUGAUGCAUGGCAAGGCGGGGCAGGGGAACAGAUGCAAUGCCGAGUUUCCAGAGUUGAGCUCUCUACUUGGGUAGCUUUUACUUUUAGGGCCAUUAAAAAGAAAAUGAAAGAUAUUGAGAAGAGGUCGCAUGAUUUGAAAAUGGGAAGGAUGGAUGGUCACCUUUUGGAGCAAUGUAAUAAUAUUAAAAAUGAAAUUAAUGAGCUUCGAAGGCGGAAGGAGUCAUAUUGGUACUCAUGGGCUAGAAAUAAUGAGUUGCGGGAUGGUGAUAAGAAUACUAAAUACUUUCACCAUAAGGCAAGCCAACAAAGAAAUCGAAACUUCAUUGUCGGUUUGGACAAUGAGCAUAGGGAGUGA